AAAGUCAAGAUAGCGUCGAUGAAACCUCGUGUGUGCAGCGGUGGGACAUAAACAAUAUGUUUUGACUGUACUUUUUCAGGUAGCUCUACUUUUCCCUGACUUUAUUUUUUGAUGACUUUGAGGAUUUUGCAUUUUUUAUUUUUUUUUUGGUACUAGCCCCAAAAAAAUGACCGUCUUUUGGCGUUUCAAACUUCUGUCUAAUUGGACACAAACGUAUACAGUUAAGGUGUGUGUUUUUUCCCCAGUAAUUAUCAGUAUGUUAAUAUUUUUUGUGAUUCAGUUCACAAUGUUAGCAAAGCUAUGGGAACACGUUUUAAUGGCUUGUCCAGUGUGUUUUUUUUUUUGAGUACAAUGCAAGUUAAUAAAUAGGGGAAUCGGUUUAAGAUUAGAUCGAUAUAGAUCUAUCUAUAUAAGAGAAUUUUUCUUCUUCCUGCUUUACCGAGGUAUCCAAAGAGCCAUUUUUACUUUUGCAAUUAAGUACAUUUAAGAGUGUACAUUUUGACUUGUACUUAUGGAUUUGAAUCAGUACUAGUAAUGUUUACCCAAGUAUUUGUACUUCUACUAAAGUACAGUGUGCGUGCACUUUUACCACUUCCGUGUAUGUGACAGAAAACACACAUAAUUAUAAAAAGCACUGAUGUAUUGUAUAUCAAAUGUCUUGAAUUCCUGUUGGAGUGCCCGCAGCUCUGGAGGACAGAGGAAAUUCCUUUCUAAUGAGCAGCUCAUGUUUGGUUCUCAUGAGAAAGGAAGCGGCGAUGUAAACAGCGUUCGGAGAAGCGUCAUCGUGAAUGCACAAUACGGUUUUGGGUCCUAAACUGAGACGCCUGAUGCAUUUUACACUGUAACGGCAUGAGACUAAGCGACAAUUGAUGAGCAGGAUGUUCUCAGAGGGAAGUGGCCACUGAGUUUAGUGUCUUGAGCAGGUUGCAAGAGCGAUACGGAGACACUGGAAGAGUCACAGAAAGGCAUAGAAGUUCUUGGGGGGGGAAUCAGGAAUUAAACAUCUGCUGUGAAUUUUGUUCAUCUCCUUGUGAGAGAACCGCAUCGAACACUACUGAAAAACUGAACACUGCUCAAAUUCAGCUCACGGAGCAUUUUAUGUUCACCCUGAAAUUCCAUCCCAAAGCCCAAUGCAACAUUGGCCGAAUAGGGCGUGAAUGGAAAUCUUGAGGGCAUUUUCUUUCCCACGACCCGUCUCAAUCACCUGCUCCGUGCUCGUGCACUGUUGCGCGUUCUCGCCGCCCUGUGGUUCCCGAUGCCGGGGAGAGCAGCGAGACCGCCACCACCACCGCCGCCACCACCACCAUCACCACCAACUCCCACCUCUCGUCCAAACUUCGAGGAAGACAACCACUAACUAACCCUGAACAUUUUUGGACGUGUUUGUCGAGCUCCAUUCAACUCCACGAGGCGUCAGAACCUGUUGUUGGUGCUGUCGUCAUCCAUCUUGUUCUUCAGUCACGUGACCUCAAAGUGAUACCUUUCUGUGAAGCAGACAUUUGGCUUUGUGGUCUGCAGCCCCUGGAAGAGGAGGCUCUUUGAAAAGGAGACCCCUAUUGUCAUACAAUUGCCACGCAAGCCAUUACCUGCGGACUGUAGACCAAGAUGAGAUCCGGUUACGACGUGAACCGGAAGCCCUGUCUGACUUAGUGGGUUUACCACAGAGUCCUCAGAGUAGCAUGGCCUCUCCCCGUCGUUCUUAUGCUCCAUCACCUCCUCCCUCUCCUCAUGCUCAUUUCCCUAAUAAUUCCUCAUCAGGCGCUUCCUUUCGUCCUUUUCUUUCAAAGGAAACUGCAGCAAAACAGUAUCGUGUAACUCAACAGACCUCCUUCUUACCAUCUUUUUCCCGUCCCCCUUCCUUCUCGCUGGAGACCAGAAUAUGUCCGGCCAAGCACGGCAUUGCGGUGUCUCUCUGCCUCGUGGAUCCUAGCACCGCUUCCUCAUCCAAACUUGCCAGUGACAAAGAUACAGAGACAGAGUCAAAGCCUAUUGGCUGGGUGUCCCCGAAUACAUGGGACAGCCGCUUAAAUGCGACACAACUAAAUACAAGGAUGGAAUUUUCCAACCCUACAGCUGAGUGCAACGUUGAAGAUAAGGCCGCGGUUGAAAAUACAAAGCAAGUAAGUCGGUUUUCAGACCAGAUGGCCGUUGAGGGAGACCACGUUGAUAUUUUGCCGGCGACCGUGCUUUUUGGAUGCACUACAUUAGCAACAAAGGAACAGAAAUCAGAGGUGCAAAUGCAACCAAAAACACAAAUGGAGUCUCGUAUGCAAACCCAAGGCGAGCCAAAGCCCCAUAAAGAACAAUUAGUCAUGCAUUUACCUAAGAAAACACAAGCACACAGUCGCGGUAGAGCGGAGGCUACUCCAUUACAACAUGCAAACAUGGCAGCUGAACCUUCUCCCCCUCUCGACCAUUCCCAAUCCCAUCAACGCGACCCUGUUACAGCUGAACCUUUUCAGUGUGUGGGCACUGUCCAGUUCUCAGAGAAACCCUGCACCCCAUGCAUGGCCAGGAAACAAGGGAACAUUGCUUCCCAAAGGUGUCGUCAUCGGGAAUCCUACAGGGCCGCUCUCCAAAAUCCUGUCACUGUUCUGCAUGAGAAGGCCAGAGCGAGGAUGUUGGGUGUUGUGCAGGAGGAUGGGGAAAUAUCGCACCGCGAUGACAGAAGGACCCCAACAGAGACUGUGAGAGGUGGUCCUCACUGUCAUGACCAAAAACCUUAUGAAAGUGGGACGCAAAAUCCACACCCUUCCAAUGCCAGCGGUACUGUCUGUAAGGAGUCAGGAGAGAAAAACACUGCUCCAUUUUGGAGAGCAGGAGAUACAAGCCCUGUUCUCUGUAUGCCCGACGACCCCGGACGAUAUGACGGAAGGCCAGAAUUCCAAACUCGCAGGACCACUGUGCCUUUUCGGGAACAUUAUGACUCUGCCAUUGGCUUACAAAUUGGGAAUGGAACAAACAGUGAAAAACACCUCAGCUUAUCAUGUAGUUGUUCCGAAUGUCCCAAACCUUGUGAAGGACCACUAAGUACACCAACUCCCACUGGGCUGAGUCCAACUGUCUCUGGGCACGUUUCACCACCGAAGACCAAACGGGAAUCGGACGGAAGAUGUUCCUCACUCUCCACUGCGGUGGUCGACACCUCAGAGAAGUGCCAGUUGGUCCUCGUUGAUGGUGCGAAUGUCAGGAGGGGCCGAAAUGAUGACACCCGUUCCGAUGUGCCUCAGCUUCACGUGGUCAAGUAUAAAAAAAGCACAGCCUUUCGAUUAGUUUCACCCAAGAUCAAUCGAAUGAAGAUGGCCAUUCCAGAUGGGGCAGGUAAAUCCACCACAGGUAGAAAGACCGAGAGCUCCUCGCCAGAUGCUUCGGUUUCAAUUGCAACAGAAGUUCAGAGGAGCCCUCAGCCAUCCUCUGCUCGCCACGGUCACAGACCGGACCACCUUCCUCUAGGAUCUCCAGACCCCAGAGCUCACCCGCUAUAUCAAGGCAUAGCAGCGCUCACAGGAGGCAGAGACCGGGCAGGUAAGGCGAUCACUGAGCUGUAUGGAGACCACCAAGGAUGGCGAUCUAAUGUGACCAGCCGGCAGCUCUUGGAGAUGUUGCUUUACUUCCACACUAUCAUCAGGAGAGAAAUCAGAGAAGCUGGGAUGACCUUUAUUUUUGAUGCCAGGAAAUCAAAUCCUCUUCCGCAGCUGUACAAAGCCUUGAUGACGCUUCAAGAGCACUCUCCCCAGGCAGUGAACAGUUUGGUGCUUCUAGUGGAUAAAGAAAGCAGCACCCGGCCAGAGAAAUGUCCCAGCAUCCAGACUGAAGUGGUGACAUCAAUGAAAGCCCUGAUGAAGCUGGUGGAGGAGAGUCACCGGACCUUCCGUCUGGACGGAACUUUGUGUCACAACCAUCGUGACUGGAUGGAGCUUCAUCAGAAACUCUUUCCAUUUGCGUUGGAUCUUCAUGACGCCUCCAGUCUGCUGCUGAGGGCUAUCAGUAAUUUAAAAGCUCCUCAGAGGACGGAUUCUGUACAGACUGUGCAGCAGUGUAUGGAGGAGCAAAGGACUCUGAUGCGUGAUGUACUGGAGGACAAGCGCUUGGUCAGCCUGCAGAGGGAAGGCGGGGCCAUCCUGGUGAGGCUGAGAAAGGAAAGUGACCUCAGAUACCCUCACUGUGAGGGUCUCAGUGACGCUGUGGACUCACUGACCAGCCUGUACAACCACGUGGAGGAGCAGGUCCACGUCCUUGUACAGAGCUCCAACAUGUCUCUGGAACACUUGAAGUAUCUGCUGCAAGUCAGAGAGAUGGAGGGUCACGUCACGCAACUGCAACAGUGGUUUUAUGUAGAGGGAGAGCGCCAUCUGCAGGCAGCUGAAUCGGUGGAGGACUCCGGAGACCAACUGGAGCAGAUCCUCAACAGCUUCACCGCUUUUCUUAUAGAGGCCAAUGAUCGGAGACACCAUGCCGUGUCCCUGGCACAAGAGGCCGAGCACCUCCAGCAGGCCGGGAUGUCUCACCCAGAGACGCAGAUGUUCGGCAGCCAGGUCGGCGCUUUCAAAUCGGACCUGGACGACUUCCUGUGUAGAGCGGAGGCAUGUGGCAGGGAGCUGCAGAUCAUGGUCAAUGUGUGUGAUUUUUGCGAGCGGGCUACAUCUCUGGCUGUUGAAUGUAUUGAUUAUCUGAACCAGAAUCAAUCCAGAAUCCUUAAAACCCACAACUGUAGUCCCUGGACAGCACCUGUCAAUCAAACCCAUCAAAACAAAGACCCUGGACCAAGCGUUGAACACGCAGCGCUCAUCUCCGUCCCGAACACCAACACAGCUGUAUCACCGUCGGACGACAGCUCUGCCCUCCAACUCUUCCAGGACAAGUUCCUUCCGUUCAGCCUAGAGAAAUUUCAAGAGGUGAGGGCCCAGGCCAGUACCCUGAGGGGCUCCAGGGGAAUGAGGGUCUGGAACACGGCGUGGCUGCGGUGCCAGGAGGCCCGGCAGCUGCUUCAGGAGAGGAUGCAGGGCACCGCCGAUGAGGUCUUCGCCUGUCAGCCGCAUUGUAGUGGCUGUUGCGGGCGUCAUUAUGUGGAUGUCGCCAGCGCUCAGACAGCACCAGCCGGGAGUCUGGCGGUGCAGUCGACUCCAGGGCCGCGGCACCCGCAGUGGGAGAGCAUUGUGUCAGGGGCGGUGGAUUUUAAAAAAAGAAGGCCCAUCGUGGGCAAGGGCAACACAACUCGAGCUGAAUGUAACAUUACCAUCAAACCUGAAGAUAAACGUGAUGAUGGUGGCAGCCACAGGUCAAAGGUCACACCAAAGUCAUCUCACAGGUCAGCGAGGAAAGCGGAGCGCGAGACGAAAGGGAGCAGGGCGAGAAGUGAUCGCGAUGCGGCUGCUCUCUCGCAGUCUCACGCCGUUGGCUGCCAGUGGUUUCCGUGGGGACGAGGCCUGCGAGCCAAAUCCCGAGACUUAUCCUCGACAGCAGGAGAGGCGCCCGAGUCUUGCGCGCCUCCAGACGAGCAGGUUAGACCGUCGUCCUCCUGCUCCCACUACGGUCAGCCAUCUUGUCGGAUCCUCCAAGAGGCUCAGAAGUUUCAGAUCUCCCGCCACGGAAGCUUCUGCUCCGAGGGCUCGGAGGGGGCCGGGGCUUAUCUCUGCAAACACUCCAGCCUGCCCGCUGGGAGGAGUGAAGGAACGUUUGGUUUGGAAAGUCCACGAGAGAGCACCGACAAUGCUCUGAGGUUGCAGCGUGUCCUGGAAGAGCUGCUGUUCACAGAGCGCGAGUAUGUCCGCUCGCUGACUUACAUCCUGACUCAUUACCUGCCCCUGCUGGACGGGCUAUACAUCCCCCAGGACCUCAGGGGCAAGCGGGCCAUUAUCUUCGGGAACCUGCAGAAGCUUCACGAUUUCCACAGCCGCUCCUUCCUGCCAGAGCUGGAGGCCUGCCAUCGGGAUCCCGCUAUGGCGGCCCGUUGCUUUCUCAGACAUAGUGACAGUUUUGGCCUUUACGCACUCUACAGCAAGAACAAACCUCAGUCAGAUUCCCUGAUACUGCAUCGUCGACAUGACAUCUUCAAGAGGAAGCAGCAGGAACUUGGGGACUCGAUGGACUUGUCCUCCUACCUACUGAGGCCGAUCCAGAGGAUCAGCAAGUACAGCCUCCUGCUGCAGGACAUUCUGGCUCUGACCGCCAGCUACUGGCCGCAAGACAUUACCGAUGACGCCGCGGGUGUCCGCGAUCCUGAGCUGAGCAGCAGAGAGAGGGAGCGGGCUGACAUCAAGGCUGCCGCUGACCUGGUUCGCUUCCAGAUGCGUCACGGCAAUGAUCUGCUCACCAUGGAUGCCAUCCAGGACUGUGAUGUGAACUUAAAAGAGCAAGGUCAGCUCAUUCGGCAGGAUGAGUUCACCGUUUUCUUUCGGAAGAAGAAAUGCCUCCGCCGCAUCUUUCUCUUUGAGCACCUCAUUCUCUUCAGUAAGACAAAGAAGGCAGAAGUUGGAAAUGAAGUUUAUGUCUACAAACAGUCCUUUAAGACCAGUGACAUCGGGAUGACCCAUGACGCCGGCGUGAGCGGCCUGUGCUUUGAGAUCUGGUUCCGCAGGAGGAAGAGCGAGGACACCUACACUCUGAAGGCCAGCAGCAUGGAGGUGAAGAAAGCCUGGACCUCUGACCUGGAGAAUAUUCUCUGGGAUCAGGCAGCUCACAGUAGAGAACUGAGACUGCAGGAGAGAAUGUUCAUGGGGCUGGGCCUCAAAACAUUCACGGACAUUCAACCUAGCGACGCUGCCAUCUGUGACCGGGACGGAGUCCCUGUGGCGUGUCGUUCACACAGGGCUCUAGAAUACGCUCGACCUCACUCCACCGGCUCCGCCUCCACGACCCUCAGCCGAUCGUCCUCGUCGUCGGGCCGCGGCUCGCUGUCGCCGGCCGGCUACCCCGGACAACCGGCCUCUGGCCCCGCCCCCGCCCCCGACGGCCUAGCGGACAAUGAGGUCGACGCCCGUCACUAUCUACUUCACCGCGACUGUGAACGCUGGAAAACAAGCCAUCAUCCACUGAACUUGGCGGACGCCACAGAUUCAUCUGAGGAGAGCGCCGACGUGUUCUUCAGCGACUCGGAGCGCAGUUGCCUGUCGGCCCUCGGCGGGGAGGUCGCGGACUCCGCGUCGUCGCCGGGCCCCCGCGGUCCCGGGGCCCGCACGUCGUUGCGUCAGACGGAUAGCUCGCGGGUGCUCAACACGGAGAACGGCGCCGUCGAAGCCAAGCCUCCGCACCUGGCUGAUGCUCAGGGAGAUGUGCCGAUAGGAAAAUCAACAGAGGUUUAGGCCUGGAUUCCCACGACACGAUGUCUGGUCUUCUGCUCCACCUGCUUGUUGUUUCAUGAUUAUUAUUUGUCACUUUGAUUCCUCCCACGUAACCGUUGGACGCACACACGCACACACACACACACGCACACACAUGCUGAGUCAGCAGCUCGUGGUGGUGUUGUUGUUUAUUUUGUGGUUUUAACAUCACCACUCAGAAGAAAAAAAGAAAUUAUAGAAUACAAAACAAUAAGUCAAGCAGAAAAUGGACCAUAUUAAAUAUUUGAAGUCAUUCUUUACAUUUUUUUAUGCUUUGGUUUUUAUUUUACAAAAGUGGUGACUAUUGACUCUGACAAGUCCAAAUGUCAAAUAUUUUCUUUAUUAGAGGGGAUCCUCAGUUCAUCCACAAGUUCCGCAACAUAACCCCAAUUUAUAGCAGCAGUAAGUCGGAACCUACGCUAAAGCGGUAGGAAAGUCACAAUUACAUUAAAUAUUUGUGUGUAAAACACGUCAAAGCCAUAAAUUGAAAACAAUAAAAACAGGAAGUUCAGCGCAAGCUGAGCGCGCCUUCUUGUGCUGCGUGACGAAUUAUUGUUACGCUGCCUGACCAACUAGUUUAUUGUGGGCCAUUUGUAACCUUGAAAUCGUAAGUCAUCAUUACGGUAAAUAUUAUUAUGAAUAAUAACACUCCUCAGCCAUGUACUGCAUCUCAUACAGUGGACCGCCACUAUUUUCUUUUGAACCCACAACAUUCUGGAAUAAGCGGUUAUUGACCGCCCUAAGCGUUUUCGGGGUUGGUUCCCUCCCAAAAAAGAAAUAGCUCAAAGAAAAAAAGAUUGAAUACAUUGAAAAUAAAUGAAAAGAAACUAGGAAAACAUUUUGAAAAAAAUCCGCAAACACGGUGCCGAACUGCGAUUAAUGGAAAAUGGUGGUAAGUGAUCUCGCAUCACAUGACGACGUAACCUUCAAAAUGCUUUUUCAUUUUAUACAAUUGUCGUCAAAUAUUUAUUUGUGUGUGUAUUAUUUACAAAAGUGAGAGACCACUUGUUAGCAUCCAAAUCACGUUUCAACCAGCAUGUGGAUUUGCGGUGUUCUGUCGGUUAGUCAAUCAAUGCGGGGGUAAAACGCCAAUGGACACUUCUUAGAAUUGAAAUGACCCCCCCAAAAAAACAACAACAAAAAUGUCGUUAUGAUAUUAUUUGCUUUUUUAUUGUCUGGUAAAACAUUUUCAGUGUUAAUAUUUCCUGUGAAACUGCUACUUUUUUUUAUCACAUUUUCUUUCUUUAAGGUGUUUACGUAAGUUGAGUGUGUUUUUAUUGUUGUUUUUUUAACAUUCUGUUUUUUCAUAUAUACUUUGUGAGGUCUCUUGUUAAUGUUUUAGUAGCAUUAAAGCUGUCCGUGUGUGCCUAGCACAACACGCGGUUGAUUUCGUUUGUCAUUUGCCUGUCAUGAACGAUGACUAGAACACAAAGAACUAACUCCACCACGCUAAAUAAAUAGCAUUUGACAUUUGAAAGCAAAUUACAGUAUUCAAAAAAACUAACUACGAAGACAUUUGAAAAAAAUGCAAAUAAAAACCAACACUGCUAA